CCAUAAGGACAACUUAAAACGUUUCUCCCGACCUCAGACAGCCGCAGAAAAGAAGCUGGAAGAAGAGAAGGAGUGGAACUACCACGCAGGAGAGGACUUGGUCCUCGUGGAAUCGGACUCCGAGCCGUGGAUCCUUAGGAGAAAGGAGCCAGAAGAGCCCAAGGAGACCCCGGCUGUCACCAAGCCGAAGAAGACCAAGCAGAUGCUGGUCUUGAAGGAGUCUGACACUGAGCCAGACAUUCUCCGCUUCAAGGAGUGGGUCACCGUGACCGACGACUCCUCCGAGCUCGAGAUCCUAGAGCCGGAGGAGGGACCCUCCAAUCGCCGCCAGAGGAGGACGAAAAAGACUCCCCGCCACACUUGGAGUUCUGACUCCGAAGCCGAAGCCGAAGUCGACGAAGACCACAACUGGAUGCCAGCACGCCGCAACCAGCGCUCCAGCAGACAACGACGCAGAUUUUAA